AUGAACAUUAUAAAAGGCAAAACUAUCGUUAAACACGAACGCACUUUAAGACGUAGAUUAUCAAAAUUAAAACACCAAAAAAUUAAUGCUUUUUGUCUGCUACUGAAAACACAAAUUAAUCAUCUUAAUCUUGAUUUCAUUUUCUGUCAUCAGGGAAAAAAUCUUUUACAAGGUUGUCCUUAA